UGUCCCUCCGCCAACCGCCGCUACUUCCGGCUCGGCGCCGAUGACGCAGGGGCACGCUGCCGCCGCGGGGUUGCGCUCGACGUGACCCGGUACCCGGAAGCGAGGUGCGGCCGCCGGUGCCGCCGCCGUUCCCGUCAUGUGAAGCAGCGGGAGCGGCUCCCAUAGUCCCGCAGGAGCGAUGGAGCCCACGGCCUCGCAGGUGUUCUGCGGGCGGGUGCUGGGCAUGGUGAACGCCGAGGACGUCAACGCCAUCAUCCUGGCCCAGAAGAACAUGCUGGAUCGGUUUGAGAAGACCAACGAGAUGCUGCUUAACUUCAACAACCUGUCCAGCAUCCGCAUGCAGCAGAUGAGCGAGCGCUUCCUCCAUCACACCAAGACACUGGUGGAGAUGAAGAAGGAUCUGGACGGCAUCUUCCGGAGGAUCCGGACACUGAAGGGGAAGCUGGCGAAGCAGUACCCGGAGGCCUUCAGCAACAUCCACGAGUCUCCCAUCCUGGAGGACGAUGACGACUUUGACCCCAUCCCGAAGAGCACCACGACCACCAUCGCUACCUCGGAGCAGAGCACGGAGUCCUGCGACACCAGCCCCGACGUCAUCUCCCCCACCACGAGCCAGGAUUUUGAGGAUUUAUCCCAAGGCCACUAUGAUUUACGGGCCGUGAACGGACAGAGUCUCACAGACGAGGACACAGCCGAUGGCCUGGACUAGGCAGCGGAUCCCUAAGGAACUAUGUGUGCCGUGCUCAUAGCAUGGUGGCAAUAGGGACGUGCAGGCGGGGGCCGGACGGGGUCCUCCGGCCCCGGUGAACCGGGGGCAGAGCAGUAAACGUGGCUUUCAAACGCC